UACCGAGACUCGUUCUACUGAAUUAUUCUGGAAUAAUUUAAAUCCCCAUUAACUCUGAUGGAAAAAUCUGGGGCAGCCAGCAGACGUUAGAAAUGAUUAAAAGAUUAUUAAUUUAAGCAAAUUAAUUCAAGGUUUUCGUUUAAAAAAUUACAGAGUCUUAAAAAUGAUUUAAUUCUACAAAAAAAAAUUAUAAAAAAUUCACAGAAUUUUCAAAAAUUCGAGUUCAUCUGGAAGUUUUUUUUGAAAGACUCAAUUUUUGAAUACUUUAUUUUGAGUUCUUCCUUCUGUGUAUCAAGACAAAAAUAAUGUUCCCGAAUAAAUGUUAAAAAGAAAAAAAAGACUAUCUGAAGUCGGCUGAGACCUCCAAAUUAGCAGAAUGAGUAUCAAAAUAACCCUCUUAUGCCUAUUUCUGGAAAUCUGUCAAUUGUGGUGCCUCACUAGUAGUGCAAGUCGACCAGUGGACUCACCAGCCUUUGACAGAGCCAACGAGGACAUUGGAACCAGAAUAAUUGGGGGUGAAGCAACGGAUAUCGAGACCUAUCCAUUCACAGUCUCCAUCCAGUGGCGUCACAAUGGACGUCAUCACUGUGGAGGCACCUACAUCGCGGAGAGAUUCGUCUUGACAGCCGCCCACUGCUUGGUCAGCAAUAGAGGCCAUUAUUGGAUUGCCAAGAGCCCCUGGAUGUUCACUGUCGUGGCUGGAUCAACGACCCUCUGGUACUCUCCCACCUGGCAAACAUCGAAUGUCGAUAAUCUUGUUGCUCAUCACUUGUUUAGCUUUCACUCGAUGGUGCACGACAUUGGAUUACUCAGGACGUCUAGUGCUUUCUACAUUAAUCGGUAUGUGACGUAUGCGCGAAUUCCGACUGUCGUGAACGAUGAUCUAUUCAAUGAUUAUUCUCAAAAAUGUGCAGUAGUCGGCUGGGGAAGGACGAGUGUAUCGACUCAAUUGUCGAGUGGAGUCCUCAGACAUGCCAGGAUCCCGUUGAUCGAUAACGAACAGUGCAGUCGUUUCUACUCGCACAGGCUGCACCCGGGUCAGAUAUGCGCGGGCAUGAAGGAGGGUGGCGUUGAUGCUUGUCAGGGCGACAGUGGAGGCCCCCUCGUUUGCAAUGGUACCCAGGUGGGCCUGGUAUCCUGGGGACAGGGCUGUGCUGUCGCCAACUCGCCCGGAGUCUAUUGCCGAUUGGAUUACUACUUUGACUGGAUCAACGAGACCAUGAGCACAAGCUCAUCAGAUUCGAUAAAGUUGCACCGUCGAAGGAUCCUUCAAAUUUUUUUUAUCACAUUUGUAAUACAUUUAUGUGACUUUAUGCUUUUGAAAAAGUAAUCAAUAAUACGAAUCUUCAGUUUCGUCUGGCAUUGUCUUUGACCUUAUCGUUAAUAUUGAAAUUUACGUUUCGAAACCGUUUAUCGAAAAUUAGUCUUCACUUGGAUUGAAUAAGUCUUUGCAUGAUUUAUAUUUUUUUUUGUUCUUGUGUUUCCACUUUAGAUGAAAAAACAUUUUUACGGGUGGGUAUUCUCAAAGUUUGGGGUAUGAUGUGAGUGCUC